CACCACCCUACCCAAUUAAGAUAUAUGCAUAUAAAUUGGGAGCUCGAGAUCAUUACGAUAUAUCAACACUCUCUCCUCUCGAUAACUCCUGCAAGAAGUGAUCAUGGAGAUCUACUCACCUAUUAUUGCACUAGUUUUCUUUAUCUUCUUGAUCAAACUACUCAAGAAAUCUAAAACGUCCAAAACAACUAGGAAAAAUCUUCCCCCAGGUCCACUGAAACUACCCUUUGUAGGUAAUCUGCCACAAGUAGCUGCAGCUGGUAAAGUUCCUCACCGCGGUCUGCAAGCAUUAGCCAAGAAACACGGGCCUGUCAUGCAACUUCAGCUUGGUGAGAUCCCUCUAGUUGUCAUCUCAUCAGCUAAAGCGGCAAAACAAGCACUACGAACCAAUGACCUCGCGCUUGCAGAUAGGCCAGCUCUUGUACUUGGCGAAAUCAUCUUGGCAAACUGUAGAGACAUUGUAUUAGCACUCUAUGGGGAUUACUGGAGGCAAAUGCGCAAAAUAUGCACAUUGGAACUCUUGAGUGCGAAGAAGGUCAAGUCAUUUCGUGCUAUUCGAGAAGAUGAGUCCCAGCAUCUCCUGAAUGACAUCAAAAAUUCUAUUGGAACGCCUUUUAAUCUCAGUGAAAGUGUCGCUGAUAUGGCACAUGGGGUGAUUUCUAGAGCGGCAACUGGAAAGAGAAGCGAUGAUGAGCUUGCCAAGAUUGUUGAGGAGAUAUCGUAUUGGGGUGCGGGUUUUCUGAUCCCUGAUUUGUUUCCAUCAAUCAAGUUUCUUGCUACUCUGACUGGGAUGAGAAGGGGUAUACAGAAGUUGAGAAAUGCGAUUGAUCCUAUAUUUGGUUCGAUCAUUGAGGAGCAUAGAGAGAAGUUGGCUAGAAAAAAAGAAGGAAAAGCAAUCGAUAACGAUGCGGACGAGGAAGAUCUCAUUGAUGUCCUUCUGAGAGUUAACGAGAAUGAACGCCUUGAUUUUCCUAUGACAUCAAAUGACAUUCAAGGAAUUGUCCUGGACAUGUUUACAGCCGGAAUAGAUACCACUUCAGCUGUAAUCGAAUGGGCUAUGACGGAGUUGAUGAGAAAUCCUAGAGUAAUGAACAAAGUGCAAGCAGAAGUACGUCAAGUCCUCAGAGGAAAAGAAACAAUUAAUGAAGAUGACAUUCAGGGAUUGCCUUACUUAAAGCUGGUGAUUAAAGAAGCUCUUCGAUUGCAUACGCCUCUUCCCUUACUAUUACCUAGACAAUGCAGGAAAGAAUGCGAGAUUGAUGGUUACCACAUUCCUGUGAAUACCAAAGUCAUCAUCAAUGCUUGGGCUAUUGGAAGAGACCCUGAAUAUUGGGCUGAUGCUGAAAGUUUCAAACCGGAGAGAUUUGAGAACAAUUCUGUUGAUUUCAUCGGGCUCGACUAUGAUUACUUACCGUUUGGAUCAGGCAGGAGAAUGUGUCCAGGCAUGAAUUUUGGUAUAGCAGGAGUGGAGCUUCCUCUCAUUCAACUGCUCUAUCAUUUUGAUUGGAAGCUUCCAAAUAAUAUGAAACCUGAAGAUCUUGACGUGGAGGAUGCCUUUGGAUCAACUACUAAGAGGAAGAAUCAGUUGGUGUUGAUUCCCACUUCUGAAUAUGCAGCUCAGAAGGCUUAAUAAAUUAUUUGGUUUGAGUUAGUACUUGCAGGACAUGCAACGGAUUAAGGAUAUACAUCAAACAAAUAACAGAUAUAUUAAGCUUUGAGAAAAAAUAAUAUCCCUUCACAACCUCUCUUAUUCACUUGAAAUUGUAUAUUUAAAUAAAUAACCUGUUUGGUGAGUA